AUGGUUGCUGUGAACUUUCUUUGUGCUUGUGUUUUGUUAGCCAUAGUGCAUGGCGAAGUGUAUUUUUACGAGAAAUUUGCCAACAAAGAAGUUUUAGACGAUUGGGUUCAAUCUUCUCACCACAAGGACAGUCAAGGAGAUUGGGAAAUUUCUGCCGGAAAAGAACCUGUAGAUGAUAAAGAUCUCGGACUCCAGACGAAAACUGAUUUCAGAUAUUAUGGAAUUGCGAAAAAACUGGACAAACCCAUUUCAACUGAAGGAAAAACUUUUGUUGUUCAGUACACAGUGAAGUACGAUCAGAGUGUUUCCUGUGGUGGUGCCUAUAUUAAGUUGUUCGGUUCUGACCUGGACCCUAAGGAUAUACACGGCGAUGCGCCAUAUAAACUGAUGUUCGGACCUGAUAUUUGUGGGUAUAGUACAAAGAAAGUUCACGUAGUUAUACCGUAUAAGGGGAAAAAUCAUCUUCACAAGGAAGAAGUCCCGUGUCCCGAUGAUCAGUUGACUCAUUUGUUCACUCUCAUCUUUAACCCGGACAACACAUACAAAAUAUUGGUGGACAAUCAAGAAAAGAAGAGUGGAUCUUUGGAGGAGCAUUGGGAUCUUCUUCCUCCGAAGAAAAUUAAUGAUCCCAAAGUAUCAAAGCCAACUGACUGGAUCGAUGACCCAGAAAUGGAUGACCCCAAUGACAAAAAGCCAGAUGAUUGGGUAGAGGUGAAAACAAUACCCGAUCCUCAAGCUAAAAAACCGGAAGAUUGGGAUGAUGAAAUGGAUGGCGAGUGGGAGCCACCCAAAAUCGAUAAUCCUGAUUACAAAGGAGAGUGGAAACCUAAGAAAAUACCAAACCCGGCUUACAAAGGCGAAUGGAAGGCCCCACAGAUUGACAAUCCAGACUAUCACCCCGAUGAUAAAUUGUACGCUCUCAAUGACGUCGCAUACGUUGGCUUCGAUUUGUGGCAAGUUAACUCGGGCUCAAUAUUCGAUAACAUUUUACUGACCGAUGAUCCCGAAUUCGCUCACACUGAAGGUGAAAAGGUUUGGAAGGUACGCUAUGAAGCUGAAAAAGCUGCGAAGGAGAAGAAAGACGCGGAAGAGGCCAAGAAAGAGGAGGAAGAAGCGAAGAAGAAAGAGGAGGAAGAAAAGAAGACUAAAGAAUCUGAGGAAAAAGAAGAAGCGGAGGAAAAGUCUGAGAAGACCGACCACGAAGAGUUGUAA